AUGUCUACUGGGGACGGAACCAAAUUCAACGGCUCUGAAUCAGCCAGCAACUCUUCUGCCGCUUCAGAAAACGACAGCAUGGACGACGAUGAUGCGCCAUCUGGAGCCCUGUUAGCACGCACCACCUCGCAGCCCAUAGUGGAACCAACAGCUACACGAACAGUUCAGCUUCUGAACCUUCCAGAAGGCACCACCAUUGCAGAUGUUACGUCUAUUGUGAGGGGAGGGCUUCUUGUCAACAUAUAUUUUCGAGCUAGGGAUAACAUGGUUGCCCUGUCCUUUCUCCACUCAAGCGAUGCUCACGCCUUCUAUCAGUAUGUCCAGGCCAACGGACUGUACAUUAAGAAUACAAAGGUUGUUCCUUUUGGCAAGUAA